GCAGUGGGCGGCGUAGCGCCUGGGCUCGCGCCGCUCGCUUGCGGCCCGGCGAUUGAGGGAGUUUGGGGAGUCGAAAGCCCUCGCGUCCGAAAUACACUACUUCCAGAAGAACAUGACUUCUCAAUGACAUGGGAAGAGAUGGAAUCUGGUCCCCAGGAAAGAAGUGGCAACCAGAGUGACCCAGUUCUUUGAAGCAAAUGAUGGCUGCAGCAGAGGGUCCUCAGGCAUACCCAUCCUCAAACAAGGACUCCACACAGGGACAGGAAUUAGCCCUUCAGGGCAACAGCCCUGACUUCGAGGCCUCCCGCCAGCGCUUCAGGCACUUCUGCUACCAGGAGGUAGCUGGCCCCCAUGAAGCUUUUAGCAGACUCUGGGAACUCUGUUGUCAGUGGCUGAGACCUAAGACACACUCAAAAGUGCAAAUCCUGGAGCUGCUGGUUUUGGAGCAGUUUCUGACCAUCUUGCCUGAGGAGAUCCAGACCUGGGUGAGGGAGCAGUGUCCAGAAAAUGGCGAGGAAGCUGUGGCUCUGGUUGAGGAUGUGCAGAGAGCUCCUGGACAACAGGUCCCAGAUUCUGGGAAGGACUUGAAAGUGCUUGUGGAGGAGAUCGCUCCUUUGGGAGCAGCCAGAGAAUUACUCAGAUCCCAACAGAAACAGGAGGUUCAGCCAGAAGAGCAAACUUUGAAGCAGUCACGAGGCUCACACCAGAGACCAUGGGAACACUCAGAAGGGUUUCCUAUUCACGAUCCCAAUGUUGGCUCUGGGCUGGAUCAAAGAGGACACACGGGGAGCCCAGAUUUUCACAACUGCAGAGCAAGGAAGAGUUCUAAGAGUUCCACAAGUGAGACUGGAGUGGAAGCCCAUGAGAAACCAGCUAAGGGGGAAGAAAAAAUCAGGUGUGAUGCCCAACACCUGGAGUCAGCAGCAGGUGUGCACUGGGACUAUGAAGAGACCAAGACACUCCUGGCUGUUCUCAGUAGAUCUCAAUUUUAUGAAAGACUCCAGGCCUGUCAGCAGAGCAGCCAGAUCUACAGGGUCGUGGCGGAACGACUCCGGGAACAGGGCUUCCUGCGGACCCCAGAGCAAUGUCGCACCAAGUUCAAAAGCCUGCAGUUGAGUUAUCACAAAGUGAGGAGAGGCUGUGUGUCUGAACCUUGUAUCUUUUAUGAAGAAAUGGAUGCCCUUUCAAGCUCCUGGGCCUCUGCAUGUCCUAUGGCAAGUGAUGCUGUUCUUGGCCAAGAGGCUGGAGAGCUGAAUCAGCAGAACAGGGAGCCCACAGAGGUUGUAGAUGAUGGCACUGUGGAUGGUGCAGGCCGGGAUGAAAAGGAUCUCAGGAAUUCUGGCCAGGAAGUCCAGAGACGUGACCUGCCAGUCCUGUUCCCAAACAGACUUGGUUUUCAGUUCAAGAAUGGGAUUAAAAAAGAGAGUCUGAAAUGGGAUGAUUCAGAGGAAAUAGAAAUGAACAAGGCUUUACAGGGAAAGUCUAGUGCAGAAAUUUUUUGGCACUCUGAGCUAACAAAUGGCUGGGAGAGUAAGCCAGUGUCGGGACUGGAAAAAGCUUCCCGAUGUCCCGAAUGCGGAAAAAGCUUUAGCCGAGGUUCUUAUCUUGUUCGGCAUCAGAGAAUCCACACGGGUGAGAAGCCUCACAAGUGCAGUGAAUGCGGGAAAGGCUUUAGUGAGCGCUCCAACCUCACUGCCCACCUGCGAACUCACACAGGGGAGCGGCCCUACCGGUGUGAGCAGUGUGGGAAAAGCUUUAACCAGAGCUCCAGCCUCAUUGUGCACCAGAGGACACACACGGGGGAGAAGCCUUAUCAGUGCACCAUCUGUGGAAAGAGAUUCAACAACAGUUCCCAGUUCAGCGCUCACCGGCGCCUCCACACUGGGGUGAGCCUGUACAAGUGUGUGGAGUGCGGGAAAAGCUUCAAUAAUAGCUCCCAUUUCAGUGCCCACCAGAAAACCCACACUAGGGAAAAGCCUUACAAGUGCUCUCAGUGUGAAAAGAGCUUCAUUAAGAACUCUGCCUUCACUCACCAUGAGGCAGUGCACAUAAAAGAAGUACUCACAUCACAGGAAGGGAGAGGUGUAUUGUGAGUGUGUAGGAGACCUGCAGAUCACUUCCUUAGGUCAGCAUGUGUUUUAUAGAGCUUUCUUCUGCUGUGGAGAGGUAUAGCCAAUCCCUGACUUAGCAGUAGGCUUAUUGACAACCAGUUCUUAUCCACCACGUCCAGGAACAGUAAUCAGCCUGAGACUGACCUCCUUCUAGCUCUGCCUGUGACUCCUGAGUCUUGUCUCACUGUGACUUAAAGUUUGCUUUGAUGGGGAGGCCAUAAGUGCUGCCAGAAAACCAAGGUCUCCCUGUUCUCAACACUGAGAAUGGGUGGCCAGUGAUCUGAGAAAUGUUUCUGGGAAAGGUCAGAGUGUGGCAAAAGUCCUCACAUAGGGCUGAUAAAUUCUCCCCCUUUUGGGAAGCACAUUUAGAGGUUAAGAGCAUGGAUCUCUUCUAAACCAAUAAUUGACUUCCAGACACUACUUGUACUGCUGCUACCUUCAGGGUAGAUGAUCAGUGCUCUUUGUAACCCAGACACCACCUUAAGGGAAGAAAGGGAAGGAAGGAAGGUCAAGCCAUUGGCUAAUAUUGAAUCUAUUUCCCUAAGUGACUUAAUCUUAGAGUAAGCAUAAAAUCUAGGUUGAUCUUUGUAAGAUUUCUCAUUUUACCAUCAUCUCCCCCAGUUCCUGAUUGUCUCUUACAGUAAAUGGUUUCUAAACAUUACUCUUUUUGAUAAUAGUUUAUAAACUAUUAUAAACAAGUUCACAAACAUUACUAUCUCCUUUGGCAGCUGGCUGGUACGAGGAUCUGAAUCCUUAGCCUUAGUGUUAUCAACACCACACUGACCAACAGAGCUAAUUGGCCAGCCCUCUGUUAAUAUUUCUGAUGAAAAUAAAGAGGUUUCUCCCUUCA